AUGGCCAAAGGAGGAGACAAACUGAUGAAGCUGAAAUCAGUUUUGAAGAAGCUCAAUUCAUUCAACACCAAGCCCAACCAGCCACCAGCUCCGGCCAAUCACGUCCGGUCCUCCUCUGUGAGUGCAUUUCCUUCCGAAGAACUUCACACCGUUUACGUCGGCCGAACACGGCGGCCGUACCAUGUGAGCUCGGACGUCGUGAACCACCCGCUCUUCCAGCAGCUAGCGGCGGUGGAUGGUGGAUGCGGCGGUGAUGACGGUUCGAUCGCUGUCUCGUGUGAGGUUGUCUUGUUUGAGCAUUUGCUUUGGAUGCUUGAGAACGCCGACGCCGACGAGUCACGUCCUGAGUCGGUCCACGAACUCGUCGAGUUCUACGCCUGUUAA